CAGGCUUCAUUAAUUAAUUUCUAACUCACUGUUAUAUUCAAAAUAAAAAUUACACACAAUCUUAUAUGGCUAGAGAAAGAGAAGAGUGCACUAUGAACUCCAGAUGGUCUCUUAAAGGCAAGACGGCCCUCGUUACCGGCGGAUCCAGAGGCAUUGGGGCAGCAAUAGUUGAGGAAUUGGCGGGAUUCGGAGCGACGGUCCACACGUGCGCCAUCGACGAGGCCGAGCUCUACGAGAAGCUCGAAGACUUCAAGGCAAAGGGCUUCAAAGUUACUGGGACUGUAUGUGACUUGGCUUCCAUAAAACAAAGGGUUGAGUUGUUUGAAACUGUCUCCUCCCACUUCAAUGGCAAGCUUGACAUCCUAGUGAAUUGUGCUGCAAUCACUAAGAUGAGAAAAGCAAAUGAGUAUGAUCAUGAUGAGUUUUCACAAAUUAUGCAAACAAAUUUUGAGUCACCUUACCACCUGACCCAACUUUGUUACCCAAUCCUCAAAGCCUCUGGAAAUGACGCAAGCAUUGUAUUCAUCUCCUCUCUUGCUGGCACCACUGCCUUACCUGCGCUCUCCAUGUAUGGAUCCUCUAAAGCCGCUAUAAAUCAAUUGACCAAGAAUAUGGCUUGUGAAUGGGCUAAAGAUGGCAUACGAGUCAACUCUGUCUCACCGUGGGCUGUGAGGACAAAAACCAUGAACCCGGAGGAUAUUGAUCCUUCAAUCCAAGCAAUAAUUGGUUCACUUACGAUGAGAACUCCAUUGAAGCCAUUAGCAGAAGCUGAUGAGAUAUCCCCAUUGGUGGCAUUCCUAUGCCUACCGGUUGCUUCGAACAUUACUGGCCAAGUUAUUCACGUUGAUGGAGGCUUCACGGCUGGAGGUUUCCAUUUCUAGGCUCUAGCUACGCACAACAAUUCUACAUAAGAGCUUCUACAUUUAAUUUUGUUAUACAACUAAUCACAAGUGCUUUUAUUAUUCCUAUAUAUGUACUCUUCAUGCAAGCAAUAAAGAAGUCUAUAAUGUAGCCAUAUCUACUAGUCUACUAGCUAUUAUGUGCUAUGUACUGCUUUGUUUUUCUCUAAAAUCAAAUGAAUGCUACUUUUAUAGUG